AUGUCCGGAUCAUAUCAUUCGGUCGAUCUCGUCUUCAAGCUGCACACGAACGAAUUCAGUGAUACUGCUUCAAGAGAUGCUGAACAAUGUCAACUACAUACCGAGCCUUUACCUCAAGCUUUCGGUCUUGCUGAUCUUCGUGUAGCUCUGAGCUCUCUCCGAGAAAAAUCCAACCAAAUUUUGACGGCCGCCAUCGAGGUGAAUGGUGACCAGGAACGGACGAAAGAGCGCGAACAUAUGUUAAAAAAUGGCAAAGCCAAAUGCGGGUCGGAAUCCGACAUGGACUCCGAGGGCGAACUUGAUGGAAACAAUGAGGAUGAGGCUUCAAAUAUCGACGAUCAAAUGUAA